AGCUCCAAAAAGAAACAGGAUCUUGAUAAGCUCUAUGAGCUGAAGUCCAAAGCUCGGCAGAUUAUGAACCAGUUUGGCCCCUCAGCCCUAAUCAACCUCUCCAAUUUCUCAUCUAUAAAACCGGAGCCAGCCAGCACCCCUCCACAAGGCUCCAUGGCCAAUAGCACCACUGUGGUAAAGAUACCAGGCACUCCUGGGACAGGCGGUCGUCUUAGUCCUGAAAACAAUCAGGUACUAACCAAGAAGAAAUUACAAGACUUAGUCAGAGAGGUGGAUCCUAAUGAGCAGCUGGAUGAAGAUGUGGAGGAGGUAAGUUGCAUCUGGGUACCAAAGAUGAUAACAGCAUGCUGCAAACACAGAAAAACAAGUUGUUUACAGGAAACUCAAGGUCUGGGGGUCCACAGCUAGCGCCAGUGGAACAUGUGGAUCCCAGGAUUUGGCUCCGAGGAAAUCCGACCCUACAAAAAAGCUUGCACCACAGAAGCUCACAAACAGAGAAUGGCAUUGAUCCGGAAAACAACGAAGAAAUAACACAGGGACAGUCAGUGAAUGGACGACACGCAUUUGGAGAUACUUGAGCUGAGACCUCAGCCAUCUCAUCCUUGGAUUUUUUUUAAAUGCUUUACAGAGAAGCAUAUAUUUUUUAUUAACAGUGCAGCAAUAUCUAUAAUGACUGAGAAGAUCUGCCAAAAGAAUAAAGCCUCCUACCCCAACUUCUGGUUCCUUUUCCCUGCCGUCUCAAAGAGAAGCAGUGUAUCCUUGGGAGAAGACGUGGCCCAGUUUGUCUUAUAAAUGAUUGACUGUAGGCAGAGCGGUAUAUGCAGUCAUGUUAGGUGAGACAGUGUUAGCAAGGUUGUAGCGGGUUUGUCUGCUCCUUCCCCUAGUCCCUGUACUUUGUGAUGUCAGUGUUUAUAUGAAUAUGAACUUGAUUUGCUUUUCCAGAAUAAAGAACUUAUUAAUUGAAGACACGGUGCACAGCUGAGAGCCUCUGAAAUGCCAGCCAGGCCCAGCCGUCAGCAGGUGGCAGCACAGGCUCCGCACCGAUCCGUACAUUUAAGAAACAGGUUUUUUUUUUUCAGUUUUACUCCAAAGGAACAAACUGGCAGGAGUUGGAAUCCAGUUUCUCUGCCACCAGACAGGGUAAACUAGUCCUGAAAUAAACAAGCAUUCUAGUUCUGGUAAUGUCAGUGUCCCUGGGACUUUUUUCUUUUUUUUUGUUUGUUUGUUUUUGGUGUUUUGAGGCAAACUCUCAUGUAACCCAGGCUGGCGUCAUCCUUGAUCCCUCCCUCCUGCCUCUACCUCUCGGUGUGCUGACUACGGGUGCAUCCUCACACCCGGCUUUCUAGAGCCCUUUUGGACCGUGGCUGGAACUCCGUGGAAGAUCAUGAAGGAGGAUGUGAACAUCUUUGGGUACGGUCUGUUGCUGAGCGUCUGUCAUCAGAGGAAAGCAGACCCUGCUAGACCACAGGAUGUUCUCCCCAAGGCAUUGUCCUGCCCAUGCCCAGCACAGUCCUGUGGAUUGUGAGGGGUCCAUGGGCUCUGGGGAGGGUGGCUGCCCCUCUACCUAGGGACCACAGCACAGACACAGCUUUGUCAUCUUCCUCCUGAGGCUUGGUCUAAGAUGGGACAGUUUGUAGAUCUCUUGGGUGAGCAGCUCAAAACCAUUCAAAUGUCGCUGUUGUUCUUGGCUGAGGUGUCACCUGCAAAAGUACAGCCAGCUUCUUCACUGGUCACACGGACACUGAGCUCGGCCUGUGGCCUAGCACCAGGAGGAGGAUGUUGGAGGAUUUGACCUUCCCAGAGCCUGCUGCCACUGGGAGAUGCUCUCAAAGGAUGCUCUGUCAGUGAUGACAGACAACAGAAGGCUCACACUGCGCCCUGACUGGAACAAGACCCUGACUCCAGCAGCCAAGAAGGAAGUUUGAAGGACUCUUGAGACCUGUGUCGAGGACGGAAAGGGACAAGGCAAUUGGGGAAGUACAGUGGACAGAAGUGAGGUACUCACAGAUGUCAGUUCUUGAUCAGCUGUGUGACAGGUAGGUGGCUUCCUCUGUCUCAGUCCUACCGUCCUGUUAGGACAUUGAGUGGCUGUUCAGGUCCCUGUAUGCUGUGUCUGUGCCGCUACUAGGCAAGAGCCACAAUAGUGAAUUAAAGCAACCUAGGUGUGCUGACGUCAGAGAAAGACAAAUACGACAGAGACUAGAGUUACAUCUGGAAGAAGAGGGAAUGGGAAGGUGUAGCCUCGGGUUCCAGCAAUGAGUGGGUUUUGUCCAGAAGUAACAGGAGCCAUUGAAGCAUUUUGUACAGUAAUAGAAUGUGCGAAGGCCCAGGGGUCUAUAGAAGGCGGUGUACCUGAAGCUAGGGAUGUAGUUCAGUGGUAGAGCCCAUGCUUAAUAUAGUAAGGUCCUGGUUUCAAUCCCAGAAAUUAAAAACAUUUAAGAAAAAAAAAAGUGUCAAGAUGGGACUCACCA